AUGGGAGUUUCAAGCACAGCGAGACUUCCCUCGCUAGGUGCACAAUCCAUCCCGCCCCUCUUUAGCCAUCUCCAGCACACGUCAAACGCCAAAGUUGUCGCUCGAUGGAGUAUCACCAUCCGAUCGUUCCGCGCUAUCCCUGUCCCAACCAACGCCUGGCCACCGGCCAAUGAAUUUGACUCUUCCUUUUCGCCGAUACCAUCCCAAGCUGCUUCGGUCACUGCCGGUCAAAACACGACUUCUUCAUCUGGAUCGUCAGCCGCAGCGCAGUACAGUGGACCUACCUCGAGUGGAGGAGCAGGGUCGUCCGCAUCAGGCGCUCCACCGCUGACCAAGCCAAGGACCAUGUGGCAAGUACAGCUAUCGGAUCAUCCUGGAGUACUAUUUGUCAUUGUUGAAGACUCCGGCAGGUCUUCUCGCGCAAAAGUGUGGCGCGAUUGGGAACUAUCCACAAAACAAUGGAAGAAGCAGAAGCGCCGCGAGAACGCAGCGAGGCGCGAGAAGGAACAGAAAGCAGUACGAGACAAAGCGCAGCUUGAACUCAAUGCUGCUGUCCAUAGUACAACUGCUGCAGCAGAUCUCAGCGAGAUCAAGUCAAAUGAGCAGACAGAAGCACAGGAUCACAAGCACGUAGCUGUCAAGGAGUCGGCAGAGCCUAUGGACGAAGAUGCACCCACCUCACUCAUAACGGACGGUGAUGCCAAAACCGAUUCUGAAUUCACCUUCUCACAAAAUACAGCUGGAUCGCAGCAGGUAGAAGCUGGAAUACCUGCAUUAGACACGACGGUCAGCAUGGAGCAAGCGAUCACGGAGCCAGCUGGACCAAGACCGAAACUGCAACUUCCCUCACACACACGCUACACGGCCUCAGCAAUCACCUCAUCCAUGUCAGCCAUGCUUUCUAGCCUGAACCUUCCACCGCCACAUGGUGCUCCUGUUGGAACAGCAGGACCAGGCGCUUGGGUUCCGCGUGGUGCGGCUGUAUCAAUCGAAGGCCUAGUCCUCGAAAUCAACAGUCAGAGCCUCAACGCGCUUCCCGGUAUCUCGCCCUCCCUCGCAUCUCUUUCGACGACCGAAGAUGCAGCUUUGAUCACAAGCAGCACCGAAGCGGGCGCAGGUGGCGCAGGGAGGGGAGGAGCGGACUGGCGUGUCAGAGUAGGCAGCGUGGUGGGCGGAGGUGGUCGGAGUGCAGGCGCAAUCAUCGAAGCCGAGUUCUUGCCCGCAUCAACACUUCUGCCAACGUCCAAGUUCAUGCAUGACUUUUUGUUUUCGCUCUUCCCUCCAGGAUUCAUACCCGUUCCGCCGCCUGCUGCAUCUGUUCCUGCUGCUGGUAUUCCCAAUGUGGCCUCGUUACAUGGGUCAGCGGCUGCAUCGCAAACAGGAAGCGCCGUCGGCACUCCGAGAAUUAACAACGCAACGCUUGGCACGAUACCGACGUCGAAUGGCAAUGCACUGUCCACGAGCGCAGUCACAAGCGGAUCCGGAUUCAGCUACACCAUUGGAGGCAGUGCUGGUGCUAGCGCUGCGCCUAAUCGCCACCUGAACAUUCCAGUGGUGUCGGACCAGCUGUGGGAAGAAGUGGUGCCACAAUCAGGCGAGGGGUGGAGGAGACGCGUGGUGAAAAGGUCGCGUCAAAUGACACUUACAGCACGCGCGCAGCGGCGCCAGCGGAAGGAAGGAGCUAAGCCAUCGACGGCACACAACGGUCGAGUUGCGCAGGACAACUCCGGAAGCACGGACGUGUUUGGCUGGCACACAUUUGGGUCGGAUGACGAGGAAGAUGCCUCGACCACAGCUCACAUGAACGGCGACUGGCAAGACCAGGAUGACUCGCAAGUGUCUUCGUCAGACUCGGAGACCGAGCCGACGCUCGAUAGCAGCUCAGGUGCAGUAACAGGUGCAGGCGGACUGACAGGAACCGCAGUGACAAUGCAGCAAGUGGACGAAGCCGAUGACGAUGAUGACGAUGACCGACCACUCGGUGCGCCCAUCUGGUCGAAUGCCAAUCGCACACCGGCGACGAGUACGACGAAUCCCACUGCAGCACCAGCAACUCCGCCAGGCGCGACCAAGAAGGAGGACACAGCUCAGCUCAUCUUUCAAGGCCUUCGACCAGACGAAGCCGACAGCACGGCAGAGGACGGAUGGUCAGGCAUCGAAAGAGGUCGUCGUAUCGCAUUCCAGUAUGUCCAGAUGCUGCGUGCUGAAGGCAUCAUAUAG